UUCCACCCCAACAUGUUGGCAGGAGGAGAAAGAGGAGGAUGUUGCGCUCUACCCUUGGUGCGUUUUUGCCACCACUCCGGCCAGCGCACACUGCCUCUGACUCAGACUCAGCCUCAGCUUUCAGCCGUCCCCGCCUGAAAGACUUGAGAGGGGAGGUGGAGAAGGACUCGAAGACUAAGCUGGAGCUUAGGAGCUCUCACUUCAGGGUCCUCAACAGGAACAACAACAGCAGAAGAACAGAAAAGAGCAACUGCUCUUCAUCUGUGGUGGAAACUACUCAUACCUCAGCAGUGACCACCUCCUCUUUUUCCUCCCUCUCAGCUCCAAGAUCCAUGUGGCAGGAGGCUAUAAGGAGAAAGCGGUAUCUCCUUGACCGGACAGGGGAGUCUGAAGUAAACAGAAGAGGAGGUGGUGGUGAAGUGAAGAGAAACAAGUCCCCAGACUGGCUGUAUGAAUCAUACUACUGUAUGAGCCAGCAGCAUCCUCUGAUUGUCUUUUUGCUCCUCAUAGUGAUGGGUGCCUGCCUGGCUCUGCUGACUGUGUUCUUUGCUUCAGGACUGAACAUUGCGGACCAUGUGGCCUUUGUAAUCACUGUACCCACAGCACUGGCCAUAUUCCUGGCUGUAUUUGUGCUUGUCUGCAUUGAGUCUGUCUUCAAGAAGCUUUUACGUGUUUUCUCCCUGGUCAUCUGGGCUUGUUUGGUUGCCAUGGGUUACCUUUUUAUGUUUUCUGGAGGGAUCAUCUGUCCGUGGGAUCAGGUGUCAUUCUUCCUGUUCAUCGUGUUUGUGGUUUACACCAUGUUGCCGUUCUCCAUGCGGGACGCCGUCAUCGCCAGUGUUCUAACCUCUGCCUCUCACACCGUCGUGCUGAGCGUCUGCCUGUCCAUCACAGCUGAUCACGUCGAGCCAGUAGUGUGGCAGAUUCUGGCCAAUGUUAUCAUUUUCAUGUGUGGCAACAUGGCUGGAGCGUACCAUAAGCACCUGAUGGAGCUGGCACUCAAACAGACCUACCAGGACACCUGCAACUGCAUCAAGUCCCCAAUUAAACUGGAGUUUGAGAAGAGACAGCAGGAGCGUCUCCUACUGUCUCUGCUGCCAGCUCACAUUGCCCGUGUAAUGAAAGCCGAGAUCAUCCAGAGAUUAAAGGGUCCAAAUUUUGGCCAGAUUGAAAACACAAACAAUUUUCACAACCUCUAUGUCCAGAGGCACACUAAUGUCAGCAUACUUUAUGCUGAUAUAGUCGGAUUCACACGACUGGCCAGUGACUGCUCACCUGGAGAACUUGUGCACAUGCUGAAUGAACUGUUUGGCAAAUUUGACCAAAUAGCUAAGGAAAAUGAAUGUAUGCGGAUCAAAAUCCUUGGUGACUGUUACUACUGUGUGUCCGGCCUGCCAGAGUCACUGCCGAACCACGCCAAAAACUGUGUAAAAAUGGGUCUAGACAUGUGUGAGGCCAUUAAGAAAGUACGGGACGCCACAGGGGUUGAUAUCAACAUGCGUGUUGGUGUGCAUUCUGGGAAUGUCUUGUGUGGUGUCAUUGGACUUCAAAAAUGGCAGUAUGAUGUCUGGUCACAUGAUGUCACACUGGCCAAUCACAUGGAGGCAGGUGGUGUACCAGGGCGAGUCCACAUCACUUCAGUGACACUGGAACACCUAAAUGGUGCCUAUAAGGUGGAAGAUGGGGAUGGACAAGAAAGAGAUCCUUACCUGAAGGAACAUGGAGUCAUCACAUAUCUGGUCAUUAACCCAAAGGUCGAGCGGCGGAGCCCACAGCAUCAUUACCGACCCAGAAACACUCUAGAUGGAGCCAAGAUGAGAGCCUCUGUCAGGAUGACCCGCUAUCUGGAGUCAUGGGGAGCAGCGAAGCCCUUUGCCAACCUGCACCACAGAGACAGCAUGACUAAUGAGAAUGGGAAGAUCAAUACUGCUGACGUGAAGAUGGGGCAGUAUCACUUCCAGAGAAGAUCAGAAAGGACCAAGUCUCAGAAAAAACGGUUUGAGGAGGAGCUCAACGAGAGGAUGAUCAGGACUUUUGAUGGGAUAACGUCACAAAAACAGUGGCUGAAGUCUGAGGACAUUCAAAGAAUAUCGCUGUUCUUUCACAACAAAUCCUUAGAGAAAGAGUACAGAGCAACAAACUUGCCGGCCUUUAAAUACUAUGUCACCUGCGCCUGUUUGAUCUUUUUCUGCAUUUUCAUUGUGCAGAUUCUGGUCUUGCCUAAGACAACAGUCUUGGGAAUAUCCUUUGGAAUGGCUUUUCUCAUCCUUUCCCUUAUCCUCUUUAUAUGUUUCAUUGGACACCUCCUGCACUGCAGUAAAAGCACCUCCACUUCUUGGAUGUGGUUGCUGAGGUCAUCAGUUAUUAUUGCCAACAAACCAUGGCCCCGCAUCACUCUCACCAUGACAACCACAGCUCUAAUACUUAUAAUGGCAGUCUUCAACAUGUUCUUUUUGGAAGACAGCGUGCUGCCUCCAGUUCCUAAUUACAAUUCAUCCAAUGAAACACUGUUUUACAAUAAAGAGGAACUAAUCACCCUCUCUGGGAAAAACAAUUUCUACCUUCCUUAUUUAAUUUACAGUUGCAUCCUGGGCCUGAUCUCCUGCUCAGUGUUCCUGAGGAUAAACUACGAGCUGAAGAUGAUUAUCAUGUUGACAGCAGUUGUGGUCUACAAUGUCAUUAUCCUACAAACACAUGCCUCCCUGCUGGACGAAUACAGCAGAUUUCUGUACGAGACCGAAAGCCUUGACAGACCAGGAGUUCUCAAAGACCUGAAGACUAUGGGCUCUAUAUCCCUCUUUAUCUUCUUCAUCACUCUGCUUGUGCUUGCCAGGCAGAAUGAAUAUUACUGUAGGUUAGACUUUCUCUGGAAGAACAAGUUCAAGAAGGAGUGUGAGGAGAUUGAAACCAUGGAGAACCUCAACCGCGUUUUACUGGAGAAUGUCCUGCCGGCGCAUGUCGCAGAGCACUUCCUGGCCCGUAACUGGAAGAAUGAGGAUCUGUACCACCAGUCCUACGACCUGGUGUGUGUCAUGUUUGCCUCUAUCCCAGACUUUAAAGAGUUCUACACUGAGUCUGACGUCAACAAAGAAGGAUUAGAGUGCCUCAGGCUCCUCAACGAAAUCAUUGCUGACUUUGAUGAGUUGCUUUCCAAACCGAAGUUCAGCGGUGUGGAAAAGAUCAAGACCAUUGGCAGCACUUAUAUGGCUGCUACUGGGCUGAACACAUCGCCAGGGCCUGAAUACACAUCACAGGAACAUGACAGGCAGUAUAUGCACAUAGGGACCAUGGUAGAGUUUGCAUUUGCCUUGAUGGGAAAACUGGAUCUUAUCAACAAACACUCGUUCAAUGACUUCAAACUCAGAGUUGGUAUUAACCAUGGUCCAGUGAUAGCUGGAGUCAUUGGGGCCCAGAAACCCCAGUAUGAUAUCUGGGGAAACACUGUGAAUGUAGCCAGCAGAAUGGACAGCACCGGAGUCCUGGGGAAAAUACAGGUGACGGAGGAGACGAGUGACAUCCUUCUAACCUUGGGGUACAUGUGCUCUUGUAGAGGCAUCAUCAAUGUCAAGGGCAAAGGAGAGCUUAGGACCUUCUUUGUGCACACGGAGAUGACUCGGUCCCUGUCACAGGGGAACGUAAUGCCCUGAGCCUGAUUUACACAGGCACGAAGACUUUUGUUUCAGAUUGAAGAGGUUUGAAUUUCUCAGUGCUGCUUUUAUAAAGUGUGGGGCAUAAAGGGACCUGAUCUACAAGGAGGUAAAAAUCGGAUUUACUGUUGCGUUACAAAUUACCUAUGCCACAGCUGUAGUAUACAUUUUGUCACUUAUGUAACUGUAAGUGUAGCAUGUACAGGAGAUAGGCAGUAACACCUAAAAAUAUACUGUAAUGUGAAUGUGGGAGCUGGAAAAAACACAGUUGCACAAGUCAGUCUGAUGUAAUAAUGUACAAGUUCAAUGAGAGUGAAAAUCUCCAAUGGGCUGAAUUAAUAUUCUGCCUCAGUUCUGGGAGGCUUGUGGUAGUUGCUUUAUCAUAGAAACCCCUUAUCAGCAAGGUGCAUCAAAACCUAUCUCACCCUACAGGAUACAGUUUGGAUGCCAAAUAACUUUUGACUCUGCAUGCCCCUAACAUGGCAGCAUUUCCAGAGUUAGGAAGACAGUUUCUUGUCUUUGUACUUUUAUCUGCUUUAAUUGCACCAUUUACCAACUCUUGGCACCAAACAUUUUCAUUGUUCUACCAUUUUUUUUGUGUACAGACGCCAACAACUACGUCACAGUUUUGGCUGGAUUUGUUGAGCUGCUGUUCUCACUUGAAGGGGAUUUAUGUGCGUUCUCCGUUUGGGAACUCAUUGUUUGUGUUAUUUCAGCACCAUAUGAAUGCAGAAGAAUAACUGCAUGGCAACAAUUUUCAGCAGAGUCUUAUAAAGACUUUGGCGCCCCAAAGAUAACAGAGGGUAUGAAUUAACCACUAACUUUUACCUGCUUCCUGAACUCAAGCAAAGUCCUAGGGUAACACAAAAGGCCAGAAAUGAAAAAUCUGAUAUUAAAAUGAAAGCAAAGGUCAAACCAAUACAAGUGAAAAUGUCACAGCCACUGUUGCAAAGGUAAAAUGUGUCUUGUUAAGAAGAAGAAAAAAACCAGCCAGAAAACAAGGUGUACCAUGUGUACAUAAGUCCAUCGACCUUGUUAGAAGCACCAAGUCUUAGAUGUAUUUUACAAACAGUCUAGGACUAUAAUAGGAAAAACAAAUGAAAAGUAGAAUCUAUGAAUAUAUUCUGAUAUUCAUGCAGGGCGGUGUUUUCCAAAACAGUCUUUCCAGUUUCUCCUUGGCUGCAUUGACUGACGUGAUUAGGAUCAGAUUUGUCAGUGCUUGCUGAAAAUGGAAAAUCUGGGGCCAGUUGCAUAAAUGACUUGAGAUGUGUACAAACACAUUGCUUUCAUGCAAUUUAUAACAGGAUGUGCCGUAACAAUGGACACCCUUUGCACACUUAAAAACAGGUGUACAUAGUUGGGGGUGUUUUUUUUUGUUUUUUUUGUUUUUUUAAGAGCCACAAGCAGAAUAAAUAAGAGAUUAAUACGAAAACAUGAAUGAUAAACCUUUCUGUAAAAUCAUGCAUCUUUUUCUUCCAAGUUUUCUUGGAUGAUCUAAUUAGAAAAAAAAAUCCUCAAUGGUGACUUCAUAAUGUUAUUUUCAGCAGUUAAAUAUGUAGUCUGAUUCAGUGUGAGUUAAAAUGACCAAAAAACCG